GAAAAAAUUAAAAGAUAAAAUACAAGACAAUUCAUAAGUAACUUGAAUACACUAUUAUAUCAUUGUAAUCUUUUCAGUGUAAGUAAGAGUUUUACCAGAAAGACCCACUUUCACCAGCCCGAGGGUGCUCGUCGUUGAGUGUAAGCGUACGGAUGACAUGGUUAUCCAACUCCAAGUGCACACAAAAUUUUCUCCAAAAACGACAUGGUAUUUGGUAUCGUUUUCCCCGAACCUAAUCAAAAUUUGAACUUUUUAUUGCUGUUCCAAGCUUAGCUCAGACACAACUCCAGCAAUUAUCCAUGGACCUCUCUCUGAUGCCUUCUUCGUGCCCAGCACCCUGCACAUUUUUUCACUCUCCAUCUCCAUCUCCAUCUCCUUUCUGCAGAACCCAAUACAGCAGUAAGCUGCUUUUCCUCGCAGCACUUUCAUCCUCAGCUACAAAUCCCACCAACAUCCACCAGAAGCCCCCAAAAGAUUACAUCUUUCAGUCCAAAAACGAAAACCCAAAUCCGAGUUUUGACGACCCAGCCAGCAGAUUGCAGGUGCAGGAUUUCAUUGACAGAAUCAGAGCUCUGCCCUUCAAAAAAACAAGUGAAAUUCAUGGUGUUUUUGAAAAAGAUGGUUGUUUUCAAACCGUAUCUGAAUUCAAUUCUCUGCUGAUGGCUCUGGUAAUAGCAGAAGAGCCUGAUAUUGCCUUGAGCUUGUUUGAUGAAAUAUCAUCAGCUCUGUGGUUGGUGCCAGAUUCUCUGACAUUUUCCAUCCUGAUAAGGUGUUACUGCGGUAAAAACGAUCUAGAUGGGGCCAGAGGGGUUUUAACCCACAUGGUGGAGAAUGGGUUUUACCCAGAUCCUGCAACUUUUACUGUUCUGGUAAAUGCAUUCUGCAAGAGGGGUAGAUUGCAGAGGGCUAUGGAGGUUGUUGAGGUGAUGGGUAGGGUUGGUUUGAAGCCCACAGUGCAGAUUUACAAUUGCUUGCUGAAGGGGUUAUGUUAUGUGGGGAGAGUGGAGGAUGCAUAUGAUAUGCUGAUGAGAAUAAAAAAAGAUGAAGUGAAACCUGAUAUUUAUACAUUCACUGCUGUUAUGGUUGGAUUUUGUAAAGUGGGUCGAUCGGAUGAGGCGAUGGAAUUGCUCGUGGAAGCGAUGGAGACCGGGUUGAUUCCGGAUGUGGUGAGCUUCAAUGCUCUGUUUCAUGGAUACUGCAAGGAAGGGAGGCCCAUGGAGGGGCUCAAUGUGUUGAAGAAGAUGAAGGAGAUGAACUGCAUUCCUGAUUGCAUUACUUACAGUAGUUUGCUGCAUGGAUUGUUGAAGUGGGGGAAGAUUCGGAAUGCGGUUAGGGUUUAUGAGGAGAUGGUGGAAAAUGGGUUUGAAGUGGAGGAGAGAUUGAUGAACAAUCUUGUGAGAGGGUUGUGUCGGAGAUCAUGGAAGGAAAAAGACCUCUUGGAAGAUGCACACCAAGUGUUUGAGAAAAUGCAGAGCGGGCAUUCGGGUAUAGAUGCGAGUACGUAUGGCCUUGUGAUCCAGAGUCUUUGCAUGGGGAAGAAGAUGGAUGAGGCUUCGGUCAGUUUGCAGCAGAUGGUUCGAACGGGGCAUUCGCCAUGGAUCGUCACCUUUAACAAUGUGAUUCAAGGCCUUUGUGUUGAGGGAAAGGUAUUCAAAGCAUUGUUAGUUUUGAGCAUCAUGUUCGAAGGGGGUAGAGCAACCGGUAGAGUGUCGUAUAACCCUGUAAUUCAAGAACUGAAUCGACAGGGGAGUUUCCUCGGUGCUUGUAGCGUUUAUGGCGCGGCGUUGAAGAGAGGUGUAAUUCCUAAUAAAAAACCUCAACAAUGAGAUAACUUUGCUCGUGCUCAUUUCUCUCUUCCACUAAUUUGAUGUACAGAUAUAACAUUUCUAGGCUCUAUCGUCAAAUGCAGUAAAGUCUCUGCAUAGUAAACAAAAAUACAGUACAAAAUUUCCGCGGCCGAUAACCAGAUAUCUCUGAGGCAGAACUCUACUAGUUUUUCUCAGCACGAGUCAUGUAUUGCUCGGUUCUGGUAUCCACCAGUAUUUCAUCACCCACAUUUACAAACAGCGGGACAUAGACAACCGCACCGGUGUCAAGAGUCGCUGGCUUUGUUCCACCUCCUGGGCAAGAAGACAUGUGAAUUUAAGAACGGGAAAACGAAAAUUAGUAUGCCACCAAGAGGAGAUAUUCCAUUCUCAAAAAUUUCCUCUGAGAGACGGUGCAAUGGCGAAUUCUAAAAAUUUCUAAGACCCGAGAGAUAAACGAGGCAAACAGUCUGCACACAGAGCUGGUUGAUCAGCUCAUCUUCUCGGCCUAACCCUGUAAUGGCAUUUCGGUCUGGUGGUAUUUUACCAGUCUUCAUGUCUCCAAACAAGACAUGGUCUGAUGGGUAUUCACACCAAUAGAGUAUUAUUCUUAGACAGACGACGAAAUCUGCGACGGACGGCUGAGGAUGGUGGAGGCGGAGGAGACGUUGAAGGAGGUUGCCGUUCCCGCCAUGGCUGUGGAUUGUUUGAGAAGCAAAGGUGUGUGCUUUUCACUUCAAAUUGUGCCGGAAAUUUAGAUAAGUACAACGGUGGGUCGGACUCGGAGUCUUUGCUUCGCGCCGUGCGUUGGGCUUGGGCAGGUUUCCUCCUCUUUCUCUGACUUCCAUUGCCCAUGAUAAGGCCCAUUGGGCCUCAAAUGUUUUUGGGUUUAGACUUAAGUGGUUUUAAAUCAGUAAGAGAGAUAUUUCAAACUUAAACCGUCUUAUACUAUGAGGAAGAGAUAAAAGACUCGUAGCUUAGGUGGUUUAGAGCAUAUACAUUAGCGCCAAAGGUCCUAUAUUUUGUUCUACCCUCUCCAUUCCCGCUUCUAUAAAAAUAAUUAAAAAAGAGAAAUACUAUGAGACUGUAAUCUAAUUUGUGAAUUAAAUUGAACUUAUAACAUCCCAAGUUUUCCUUCGCUACAUCCAUAACUCCCCAUGCCCAAUCAUACUUGUAGCUCAAGGUAUUGG